UAGGGACAAUUGAAGGCAGGGGUUGUAGUCCAAACCAGCAGUCGGUACUUGGUAGCAAGCUACUCGAUUUUGUGCUGCAGCUUCAGAAAUUAUUUGUGGCUUUUAAAUAUGGCUGGUGGUAAGGCAGGUAAAGACUCCGGGAAGACCAAGACGAAGGCUAUCUCGCGCUCUCAGAGAGCAGGACUGCAGUUCCCAGUGGGUCGUAUCCACAGACACCUCAAGUCCCGAACCACCAGCCACGGCAGAGUGGGAGCCACUGCAGCGGUGUACAGCGCGGCUAUUCUGGAAUACCUCACUGCCGAGGUAACUUUAACGCCAGCCUUGUUUAUCUCGCACCUUAUCCAUAUCGGAGCCGAUGUACAUAUGUCAAGUGUGGCUUUGUUUCAGGUUCUGGAGUUGGCAGGAAAUGCCUCCAAGGAUCUUAAGGUGAAGCGUAUAACCCCCCGCCACUUGCAGCUUGCCAUCAGAGGAGAUGAAGAGCUGGACUCUCUUAUCAAGGCCACUAUCGCUGGUGGAGGUGUGAUCCCUCACAUCCACAAGUCUCUGAUUGGAAAGAAGGGCCAGCAGAAGACUGUAUAAAUUGUUCUGGAAGUUGUGCCAUCUCAGGACGACGUCUGCAUUAAGUGGUUAAAUGUCUUAGAUUUAGAAGUUAUUUGUAUUGGUGAGCUUGCAUUUACUCACCUUGGGGUAUUUUUUUAAAAGUGGCUUCAGAGAAGCUCAUUUUUGUGUUAUGCUUCCUUUUUUUUCUGGUGCUGCUUUUUUUUUUUUUUUUUUGCAUUUGUUGUGGCAAUUCAAUGUUGAAAGUGGUGUUUUAAUAAAGCUCUAAUUGGGCAUUUGCAGUUUGUACUGUU